CAUCGACCAUUGACUACGGCAACGUCAUGUUGAAUCCACUCAAGGAAAGGAUAAGCAGUUGGGCUGCAAAACAUCAGUCACCCAAGGAGGAGAAAGCGGAGCUGCUCCAGAGGAAACGGAUCCAAGAGCUUCCACUCCUACGAGCUGCAAAGGAAAAUGAUAUUCAACGACUAAAGAAACUUCUAGAAGAUGAGACCUGUGAUCCAUUCCAGAGAGGAGCGGUGGGAGAGACAGCAUUGCAUGUGGCGGUCCAGUAUGAAAACUUGGAGGCCGCAGAAAUUCUACUGGAUGAAGCUCCUGAGCUAAUUAACCAGCCCAUGACCUCUGAUGUCUAUAAAGGUCAGACGGCAUUACAUAUUGCUACGGUCAAUCAGAACGGCAACCUCGUUGUAGAGCUGAUACGUAGAGGUGCCGAUGUCUCUUCACCUCGAGCUACAGGGAAGUUCUUUGCACUUAGUAAAAAGAAUCUCUUUUACUUUGGUGAGCAUAUACUGACCUUUGCGGCAUGUGUAAUGGACAUUGAGAUUGUGAAGAUACUUCUAGAUCAUGGAGCUGAUCUUCAUGCCACAGACUUUUGGGGUAACUCCGUUCUACACAUCCUUGUUCUUCAACCCAACAAAAGUCUAUCGUGCCAGAUGUUUGACUACCUCUUAUCACAGGAUGGUGGAAAAACUCUAAUUCACAGUCAGAAUAGACGGGGACUUACACCACUGCAGUUGGCUGCUUUUGAAGGAAAUGUGGUUAUGUUCCAGCACUUAAUUCAGAAGAAAAGAAAAAUACAAAGUACAUAUGGUCCUCCUGUCACCACCAUGAUGUAUGACAUGUCAGAAAUUGAUUCUUGGGAAGAUCAGCCAUCAGUGCUUGAGAUAAUUGCAUCAUCCAACAAGAGUCAAGCUCAUAAAAUACUGAAUAUUUCUCCAGUUAAGGAGCUCCUUGAAAAUAAAUGGAACUCUAUAGGGAGGCCAUACACCUGGUUCCUGGCCUUAGUGUAUGUUUUGUAUAUGAUCUGCUUCUCCCUAUGUUGCGCCAACCGCCCUCUGAUGCCACGAGAAGAAAACAUCACAGACCUCAGAGAUAUUACUCUGUAUGUUAAGAAACCCCUGAAGGAAUCUUAUUUAACAUAUUCUGAUCAUCUAAGACUUGUGGGAGAGGUGAUUUCAGUCAUCGGAGCUUUAAUACUUUUGUUGAGCGAGCUUUCAGACAUCUCUAGAAAUGGUUUGAAGUACUUCAUCAGUCACACAUUCUGGAGAAAUCAAUUCAGCAUAAUCAAAAUUUCCUACUCUUGUCUGAUCUUGGUCAUCCUUGUUCUGCGUUUGACUGAUUCAGAAGAAAUUUACCCCAUGGCUGUGGCCUUAGUACUGGGCUGGUGUUAUACCAUGUACUUUGCCCACGGCUUCCAAAUGCUGGGACCAUUUACCAUCAUUAUUCGAAAGAUGGCUGCUAGUGACCUCCUGAAGUUCUGCUGGCUCAUGGCUGUGGUGGUUUGUGGUUACAGUUUAGCCUUCUAUGUCUCUUUCCAGACAGUAGAUCAACAAGCCUUUGGUGCGUUUUCCCCCUAUAUAAUGUCCCUGAUUAGCACCUACUGGCUAUUCUGUAAUAUUCUUAAUGGACCAGCCAACUAUACCGUCGAUUCCCCAGUGAUGUACAGCCCCAUUUAUGGCUCUUUUUAUACCCUUGCCUUCCUCCUCAUGUUCAAUCUGCUCAUCGCAAUGAUGGGAGACACACAAGGAGCAAUGACAAAGAAGAAAGAAGAGUUAUGGAAAGCAGAGAUCAGUGGUGCCACAGUAAAGAUGGAGCAAAUAUUUCCAAAAUGUCUUCGUUUUGGGUCAAAAUCCGAUGAGCAAGACUUGGAAGAAAGGCAAUAUAUUUGCGUGGAAGAGCGGAAGUGGCACUCAUACCACCUAUAUGAAGUCAGUGGGUCAUCAAGUGAUGAUGAAUCAGAUGAAGACAUGCCAUCUCAGAAGUCACAGGAGAGGAAUCCAGGCCUAGAUCCCCAAGAGGCGAUCAGAACAGUUACUGUUGAUGGAACUGAAGACAGAGCAAACGUUGAUCAAAAUGACAAUGCCGUUUGGCAAGCAGAUAUAUGAGCUUUAAGAGUUUUGAAUUAAUCGACAGGGUGAUUCAAAUACAAUGGUGCAA